CCCGCCCCGCCGGCUGCGCGGGUUCGCCGAGCCCGGAGGAGGGAGCGCUAGCUACCCCGAGCGGGAGGGAGCUUGCAGACUCCGGCUCAGAGCAGCUGUCUGGACACCUUGGGUUUUGGGGUGGGGAGCGCCGGCGACUGUGAACACGGACUCCGCCGCGGGAGCCUGUCUCAGGAUGCUCUUUCUUUUGUCUGCCCAGCCCUGGAGUACAUUAGCAGCAGGGAAUACUUAUAGCUGUGAAGCUCCUCUGGCGUCUGCCCUGCCCCGGGCUUCCUUCAGCAGCUCCUCAGAGCGGUCCAGCAGCCACGGCCCUGGCUUUGCAAGCCUUAAUCGCAGAGACGGAGCUGGUGGCUGGUCUCCCCUUGUGUCAAAUAAAUACCAGUGGCUGCAGAUUGACCUUGGAGAAAGAAUGGAGGUCACAGCUGUGGCCACCCAGGGAGGAUACGGGAGCUCCGACUGGGUGACCAGCUACCUCCUGAUGUUCAGCGAUGGCGGAAGGAACUGGAAGCAAUAUCGACGAGAGGAAAGCAUCUGGCUACUUUAUUUAUUUAUUUUUGGCUGUGUUGGGUCCCCGGUUCGUGCGAGGGCCUUCUCCAGCUGCGGCAAGCGGGGGCCACUCUUCAUCGCGGUGCGGGGACCGCUCUUCAUCGCGGUGCGCGGGCCUCUCACUAUCGCGGCCCCUCCCGCCGCGGGGCACAGGCUCCAGACGCGCAGGCUCAGCAGCCGUGGCUCACGGGCCCAGCCGCUCCGCGGCAUGCGGGAUCCCCCCAGACCAGGGCUCAAACCCGCGUCCCCUGCAUCAGCAGGCAGACUCUCAACCACUGCGCCACCAGGGAAGCCCUCUUCUUUUUCAAUAUGGAAAAACCGGGACACAAAUGGGCUGAGAAAAUUGUCCAAGACCCUCCAUUUAGUGAUUGACGGUGAGCAGCAGGACACAAAGUACAGUCAACAAAGGAAAAGGCAAGUGGACCAAAGUCUGGAGGGAACCAGAGGCAAGCUCCCUCGAGUCCUCUGCCAGUGGAACCACACAGGACACGCGCUGGGACCUGGGACCCUUUGCUGCAGUGUUGCAGUGCUUGCACCUCGACACACCUCUCCUCGAGCAACAAAAUAACAAAGAAACUGUAUGGGACUAAAAAUAAUGACGUGCACGCCCAGUUGGGGCAAAUUCUGGACGAAAGAUACAAAGAGACCAAAAAACCCAACUGCCACUUUUGAAGAUCCCAGAGCAAAAGCAGGGUACUGCACGUGCCCCCUGCACACAACACCACCUAAGCGGUGGGCAAACCACCUAAGCCACCCUUCUGGCCCGACCCCUGGACACACCCCUGCCCUCACGCCAUAUAACAGGGGUCCCCAACCCCCAGGCCGCAGCCUGGUAGGAAUCAGGCUGCACAGCAGGAGGUGAGUGGCAGGGGAGCGAGUAAAGCUUCAUCUCCUGCUCCCCAUCGCUCACAUUACUGCCUGAAACAUCCCCCCACCCCACCCCCUGCCGGUCCGUGGAAAAAUGGUCUUCCAUGAAACCGGUCCCUGGUGCCAAAAAGGUUUGGGGACCACUGCCAUCUAAGCAGCAAGCUCGCCCCCGCUUAGGGAGCACGCAAGCAAAGGAGCCUGUUGUUUGUUCUCGCUCCCCCUUGCUGCAGCAGGGGCCCCAAUAAAGCCUUGCCUGAAUUUCUUGUCUGGCCUUUGAUCAAUUUUUAUUGUUUAAGGACGCCAAGAACCCUGGUCGGUAACAAUUUCAAAAUACGGUCUUGAUGUCAUUGGAAGUAAUUUUUUUCUGACUUUUUCUCUGUUUUCAACAUCUUUGCCAGCAAAAGACAUGUUCCCAGAUGUCUUCUAAAAUGUUUUCUUCCUGAUCAUUUAGAAAGAUUGGGAAAGAAAGAGUAUUGAGAAACUUGAGCUGUACCUUUGCUGCACAGGAAGGGUGAGCUGUGUUCCAUCCUAGAUUAAUAUUUCAAGCAGGAGGGAAAAAAAAAAGUAAAAGCCUAUAACUUUAGCAAUGUGUUUGAAAAAUACUUGAUUUCAAUAAUGUUUCUAUCAUGCUUACGUUGCAGCUGUCUAAACAAUACAGAUAACAAAAGCAUGUCAAUUAAAAGCAGCAUUUAGGACCCAGUUUCACAGAUCUGCAUUGGCCCUGGGUUUCGGUUUAUUUCAGGGCCAGGCGCUGUGAGUUCCUGUGUGGUGUAGUUGUGCUCAGCCAUGGGGCAGGUGGGUUCCCUCUUGCUGUAGGAGAAGGUGGUGGGACACACGGAGAUGGUUAUCUCUUUCUGCUUUUGACUCUCCUGACUUGCUUCCACCAAGAGGCCAUAAACCCAAACUGGAAAUACUGAUUAAGUGCAUACUUUUUCCAACACAUUGACCACAACUUGAGAUUUUCAUGGCGGAAUAUAUUACAUAAAUGUCUGGAAAGCCAAUAUUUUAAGUGCACUUUAGGUAGAUGUUUGCUUACUUUAAUCAAGCAGAAGAAUAGAUUAUUCUUUUACCUUCAGGAACGUGUUGAGGUAAAUUUAUCUACAGAAGGGAAAACUUUAGAGUUCACCUGGUACAAAGCACCCGCAUCCGGAUAAACUAAGGUUGUUACCGAGUCCAAGCUUGCUGUGCUUGCUGCACGACAGGCCAAUAAAUCAG